CUGACGCAAGCAACAACAAAUUGCAAGAUAAAGAAACGUAAGAAAACGAACAAAACUACACAGAUGAUUGUGUUGACAUUUGGGAAGUGACGUGUUUGCAUUGUAGUUGUGAUUGUAAAAUUGUGGCAUGGUGGAAUUUUCUUGAAUAUAUCGAAAUUUGCAAAAAUAUUGGAACUACAACUUCUGAAAACUUACAUGAAUGGCUAAAUAAAAGCGUUACCUGGUGUGAUACAUAUGCAGCAAUUUUUUGAACCUUUGCUAAAAAUGUCUACGCAAAAGGUGAUUGUUUAUACUGUCGCGUUUGCUUUUUGCGUUUUCUUGGGCACUGCAAUUGGGGCGAACAAUACCAAUGGCAUUGAUGGAACCGUGAUCAGUAAUAAUAACAUCAGUUAUACUAUGCCCUCUGCUAAUUCAGCGACCCCAGUUCAACCGGCAGCAGUCAAUCAGAUUGGCGCUGGCACUGAUGGCGUUUCUGUGGGCCUGAAAAACAAUCCACAAGACAAUACAGCUGACAACCUACGAAAUUUUAUAUCUGUAGCGACCGCAUCCAUAUCAGGCGUACCGAUCAUUAAUACAAAUAAUACAAAUACUAAUCCAACAAACACGACAACCACUACAACGCUGGCACCCACAAACGCAACUCAGAAUGCUACAACACCCACUGCUGAUCCGCCACUACCAGAUCAGCAUGCAGUGGAGCAGGAACAUAAUUCAUCGUUGUCAAUUUUCUUCGUCAUAUGCGUUAUUAUGGGCAUUUUGCUCAUACAUUCAAUGCUGCAGACUGGGUUUCAGUAUUUACCCGAAAGCAUUGUGGUUGUAUUUCUGGGAGCCCUAAUAGGGCUGCUCGUCAAGGUUAUGUCGGGUGAGAAUGCUAGCUGGAAGCGUGAGGAAGUAUUCACGCCGACGGGAUUCUUUUUAGUUCUAUUGCCGCCGAUUAUAUUCGAAUCGGGCUACAAUUUGCAUAAGGGCAACUUCUUUCAAAAUAUUGGUUCGAUUCUGGUAUUUGCCAUAUUUGGUACGACCAUUUCGGCGCUAGUUAUCGGAGCUGGUUGUUAUUUACUGGGAGUGGCAGAGGUCGCAUUUAGACUUGAUUUCUCUGAAUCAUUCGCUUUUGGUUCGCUCAUAUCGGCUGUGGAUCCAGUCGCUACCGUAGCUAUAUUCCAUGCUUUGGACGUAGAUCCUAUACUAAACAUGUUGGUUUUUGGCGAGAGCAUACUGAACGAUGCCAUUUCCAUUGUUCUCACCACGUCGAUCACCCAAUCGGCCAAUACCCCCGCUAAUAGUCAGGCAACAACAGGUGAGGAAAUCUUUUCAGCACUUAAAACAUUCUGCGAAAUGUUCUUCGCCUCUGCUGGUAUUGGCGUGGUUUUCGCACUCAUAUCGGCGUUGCUUUUAAAGCAUGUUGAUCUUCGCAAACAUCCUUCGCUCGAGUUCGCCAUGAUGUUAAUGUUCACCUACGCACCUUACGUGCUUGCUGAGGGCAUACAUCUGAGUGGCAUUAUGGCCAUACUGUUCUGCGGGAUCGUCAUGUCGCAUUACACGCAUUUUAAUCUUUCUACCGUUACGCAGAUUACAAUGCAACAAACCAUGCGCACACUUUCCUUCAUUGCUGAAACUUGUGUGUUCGCUUACUUGGGACUUGCAAUAUUUUCCUUUAAUCAUCAAGUCGAACUUUCCUUUGUGAUUUGGUCAAUUGUGCUUUGCGUCCUCGGGCGCAUAUUUCCUUUGGCUUUCUUGGUUAACAAAUUUCGCGAGCAUAAAAUCACCAACAAAAUGCAGUUCAUAAUGUGGUUCUCUGGCUUGCGUGGUGCCAUUUCAUAUGCGCUUUCUCUGCAUUUGGAUCUACCCAACGAUGAAACACGCCGUGUGCUCAUCACUACGACACUUAUUAUUGUGCUCUUCACAACGCUAUUCUUCGGCGGUUCAACUAUGCCGCUGCUAAAAUCCCUCGCUUCCCUUUCCACACCCAACGCGUACUCGUUGGCGAACGUCAGUUCCUGCAGCGCCUCGAUUAUUCCGUCGGGAUAUAUCGCGGAAGUCCGCCCCAAUCUCCGGCAGAAGCGGAUGUUUUCGCAAAUGAGCGAUACCAUCUAGGCCAGGUCGAUCCCGAGGAUCCCCGCAUAAAAUACCUGAACUUGGAGAUUCGGCAAGUGGUAAAUCAACACAUGCGGACCAAUUUUUCGCCUUUGGUGUCACUAAGCUCUGGUCAACCGUGAAGUCCCUGUCCAAUCUGACGAGAUGUGACGAAAGAGCAGAAAUUUCAUUUGGCGGCCCCGCCUCAUACCCGAAGAAAUGCGGGGGUACCACGGGGGAGUUUCUCUGAUCUCAUAUGCUGACGGUUGUUCGAUAAUGGCGUCCGGGAACGGAAUUUAUAACCUCUACUCGAAGGUAGGUGGCUACCUCUCGGAACUUUCUGAUCUUCACUACACGGAGUCUAACCUUCUACCCGACGAAAUCAACGGCGAUCCUCCACCACCUGUACCAAAGAGAUCUGGCUUCAAUUAGGUAUUCACGUUGAUGGCAUAUCAAUUCCGGCGGUGAACAACCCGAAAGUACAGAGGUUACAGAUCUGCAGUAAGGUCCUCAAGUCGCUCGUUGGCAUCACCGGGAGGGGCAUUCAUAGA